UUGCCGAAGCGAACGCAACCCCCGCACGCACGCACGCACGCACGCCUCGGAUUGUAAAUCCUCUUGCUCUUGAUCUCGCGACCGGACUCACCUUCGAAACUUCCCGCCCAGAGAGACAUUGCCAUCGUUUUUUUUUUCUUUCACUGUACAGACAGAUAAAUCGGCGCGCGAGUGUGUUUUGUUUGUUUGUUUGUUUGAAUCCUGAAUUGAUUAUAAGCAUGACCAGUGUGCUCUGAAGAAGAUCGUCAUCGUCGAGAAGACACGGGGGGGAGGAAGAUGCCGCGAGCGUUCCUGAUCACGCAUCGGAGAUACAACGGUACUGAGGAAGAGAUCGGAGGAGCUGAAAGAGAUUUCAGUCCCGAGAGGAGCGUGAGGUUGGCCGAUUACAGCGGCGGUCAGCCAACUUCCGAUGGCGCCAGCGAGUGCGGCAGCGAGACGUCGUCCGAGUGUCCGGAGGAACUUUACAACCUGACGAAGCUGGCGGAAGUGAGCCUGGCGGCGGCGGCCGGCACUCUCAUCCACCACAGUAAUGUUAUUUAUCAGCGACCCGUGUCGCCCAGGAUCGCGCAGUAUCCCACGGAGACGAGCAGAACUCUGACGUCCCGACCCGCCGCUCCGUUGACGGUGAACCAGGAUCAGAUUCUGGGCGAGCGCACGCGGCUCUUCUUCGAGCGGAUCGAGACCGAGAGGGAAAUUCUGGAGGGUCGUACCGAGGAGAGCGCCGCUCUGAGCAUCCGUCUUUCGCACCCCGCUUGCUCCUCCCCGCAGGAGGAACCGAGUUUUCCGAAGGUUGUCGCAGGUAUCGAACAAUCGCCGACGUCGGUUUCGUCCUCGGCGACGUCCCAGGCUCGAAGAAUAAUCACCGCGGAGCCGAAGUCGGAGGACAACGAGGAUCACGAGUGUCCCGAUUGCGGCAAAAAGUACUCGACCUCGUCGAAUCUGGCCAGACACCGUCAGACGCACAGGUCGCUCGGCGACAAGAAGGCCAGAAGAUGCCCGCACUGCGACAAGGUUUACGUCAGCAUGCCGGCGUUCAGCAUGCACGUGAGGACCCACAAUCAGGGAUGCAAGUGCCACUACUGCGGCAAGUGCUUCUCCAGACCGUGGCUGCUACAGGGGCACAUACGUACGCACACAGGCGAGAAACCGUUCAAGUGCACCAUUUGCAACAAAGCCUUCGCCGACAAGUCGAAUCUGCGCGCCCACAUACAGACGCACUCGAACACCAAGCCGCACGUGUGCGGCCGUUGCGGCAAGGCCUUCGCCCUGAAGUCGUAUCUGUACAAGCACGAGGAGUCGUCCUGCAUGCGCGCCCAUCAUCGAUCGUCCACGGAGAAGCACGAUCAGAUUGAACAGCAGGUGUCGUCGGUGAAAUCAACGAGCGCGCCGACAUCUCUGAACAGGUCGCAGACGACGCCGUGCAUCACCGCGUCACCCACAAGCGUCAUAGUUCCCCGAUUGGGACUCGAACGGGACCAGAAGAGCGCGUCGUCGGCGUUCUCCGCGAUCAUCAGGCACACCAGAACGACGGACGAGGAGAGAUCCGUCACGGUCACGCCCUCGAAGCGAGCCUGCAAGGAGAGAACGAGCUGCGAGGACGAGCCGACGACCAAAGAUCCGGAAUACGUGUCCAGAAUGGUCAUCAGAACGUCGGUGAUAUCACCGAAUCCGGAACACCUGCAUCUUCGCUACGAAAACGACAUCAAGAAUACCUCGAACGCUACGUUCGAUUAUACCGAUCCGACGAGAGCCUCGGCAUUCUCGAGACCCGCCACGAUGACUCUGGCCAUUGCUUAGAAACUUAGUUACGAUCGAAACUGACUGAGAUCAGAUUGGGUUUUUCAGACCGCGUUGAAAAGAAAUUCGAUCUCGCAAUCUCUUCCCGCGGAAAAAACGUUUCUAGCAAGCGAGAUCCGUUGACAGAUUUAUACUAGAAAAUUUGCGAGAAUUUUUUCGGGAUAUUUCAUCAAUUGAGAUAUUUUCCCCGUCUUUCCGUGAAAAAUUGCGAAGAGAUUUUCGAAGUUUUCUCAAAGUCGUCAAAACGCGCUUACACAUUUGUAAUUUUCGUGUAACAAAAAGAAAUUACUUCCCGCAAUCGCCGCGAAACGACAUCAGCGAAGUAACCGACGGAGUGAUUUGCGUGUGACACAGAUAUUGUAUUCCAAUCAUCUUCCGAAUUAGGGACCACCUAGCAAUUAGUCGUAAUAACGUUAAAUCUCUUAAGUAACCGUGUUUGUAUAAUUUAGCGGUCCGUCGAUAUGUAACGCUUCUGUGCCUUAUGUGUAUGCAAACCGUGUCUCAAGCGUGUGUGUUACGAUUUGACGCACAACGACAGCAGAAUUGGUAUGCGGAUGAAUGUGUAGAGAGAGAGAGAGAGAGAGAGAGAGAGAGAGAGAGAGAGAGAUAUCUUCGGGGUGUAAGGCCGCCCCGAUGGGAGCGUCUGUUAAACGCCAAACUCGUGACCUUAUCUAUUUAAAGACGAGUAAGAACGUCGCUAUCUCGCGCGGCGUUAAACGAUCAAAAUUAAUAGUCGACACGGACCGCAAAUGUGUGUGCCUUCGCGUUAUUAUUUUAGAAUUAAACGAGAGACAAACGGUUCCGAGAGGCUCUUCUUCGAGGCAGCUAUCAGCUUCGCGAAAUGCAUAUAAAUACGAGAAAUUCAUGUUUUUCUCGAUUAUAUAUAUAUAUUCUACAAAUAUACAUAUACAACUGUUAACAAACUCGCACACGGAUUCUCUGUGCGAGACACCCGCAGUUCGUCCAAACCGAGUGAAAUUUACAUAAAAAUAAAAAAAUAAAAAAACAACGCAGCGCACCGUUUCGUUGCUGCGCCAGAUAUUCGAGAUGCAAAAAAGUUGUUGCAUCGGGACGCUCUCAAAAGCGAAAAUGUGAUCUGUGAUUCGGAACUGCGCAACCAAUAAUCGCUCGCGAUUAGCCGGCUCCAGACAAUGCGGUCGUCUGCCAAAUAAUAGAAAUAACACAACGCUGGAUAUUAUCAAUUUGUGUCGCGAAAGAAUAAGUUUAAGAUUCGAUAAUUAUUUACGCGCGUACCUCAUGCGACAAAUUUUACUCUUAUAUUGUUACACACACACACAUACACGCGCGCGCGAUUGGAGUGACGUCACGGAACACCGUCCAAUCGAGCGCAUCGUUUAGAGCCGUAGUGUGUAGGUCGCCCGUUUCUUCGAUAGAUGUUUAAAUAAGCCUCUUUUUUCUCGCGUUCGUUUACGGUGCCAGAAGUUUUGUGGUAACCAAUCCAGAGAGUGUGAAGCUAGUCGAAACCCGUUUUGCCGUCGCGAAACGCAAUUCGUCGUUGCAACGACGAAUUCCCGAUCUCCCGAUUUUAAUCGCAAAUGUCGAACAAUCGAUCGACGCGCACAUCCCUUUAUCAGAAGAUUCAACGGCGAGAUCGUGCGAGCGGAUUACGCGAGCGGCCGAACGGUUAGAGAUAAAAAUCGCAUAAGUGUAAUAAUAAUAAUAAUAAUAUGAGCAAGAUUGUCGCGUUUGAAGAGAGAAAGAGGGAAAAUCUCUCUGUUUGUAUAUAAGAAAUCUAAUUAUUGAGACGAGCGAUUCUCGGACGCGCGCGUCCUAGUCAUUUUUUUCUUUGCCCGGGAAGACGAGAAUGUCGACACGAAAUCCUAGCGUUUUAAGACGUAGCCGUGUUAUAUGAUCGCACGUUGUAAAUAGCAUUCCCACACUCUUACUUUUAUUAGAGUUUUUAGAUAAACGUUGAUGGUAGAGCCGUUUUUAGUUAACUCGAUUUGUAUAUGUAUUACACCUCUGUUAUGUGCAUGUGGAGUUAUAUAUAUAUAUAUAUAUAUUGUGUAUAUAUAUAUAAUAUGUGCUGUGUAUUUGUACACCGGAGUGCCUACGCAAAACAUAUAUAUUCUCAUUUUUGUACGAAUUGUAAAAGUCUUGUCUAUUGUAACGAA